CGCAUCAGAAGCCGACGAGAAUCGUGAUUCCUUCAGUUCGCGAGAAGUACAAGGGAGAGAGAGAAAAGUUCGCCAUGUCUGCUCAGAAGCUGGUUGCGUGCCUGGCGAUUGCUCUGAUCGCCGUGAUCGCCACCGAGGUCACCUCGGACCCGAAUUACAACUACUACGCCAGCAAUAACAAGUCGUACAACUUGUCCAUCGGCUACAGACAGCCCGGCGACAAGCUGAUGCUCCGCGAAAAUGUCAUCGUGUCGAGCAGCUGGAUGCAAGUCAAAACUGUCACGAAGAAGUUCAACGUGUCGCAAUGGUACAGGAUCACUUUGGUCGAGGCUAUCGAUCAGAAGACGAACGGGAACGGUGCUCGCCCAUCCCUGAUCGCCGGCGGACCCGGUUACAGCAACGUCACCCUCAAGUUCACCAGCCAGAGGGGCCACGGGAUCAACUUCGUGGUCAACGUGUACGCGCGUUAAUGUGACGAUCAAUCGCGCCGCCGACGACGCGGACAACGUUCCUGUAGAAGGAUCUUCGUUUCAUGAAAGUAUUCAACGAUCCGACUAUUUACGUCUCUCCGAGACGCGUUAUCAUAUGGUUGCGCGCUCUAGUACGAAUUAUGCGAACGGAAUAAAAAUACCUUGACACCAUUG